AGAAGAAACCGGACAGAUGUGAUAUCCGCUGCGCCUGACCCGGAACCACCGUCUUCAGAGGAUGACGACUUGGACGCCGAUUCCGAUUCCUCGCGCAGCGGAAGCGAAGGAAGAACGGAACCGGAAUCGGGAGAGGAGCUGGAUCCGUUGAGGGAUCCCCUGGCGGAGCCGGGCACGCUGGAUAUACGAGCAUGGGAGCGGCUAGCCUUAGGAGUUCAACCGAGGAUCCAAGGCCAGAUUCCGGAAGCUUCGCAGCGACUUCGAGUCAGGUCCGUGUUGCAAACCCUGAAGCAGAACGAAGGAGAGCCAACGGAAGCGGAAGCGGAAACGCUAGCGCGCGACCUGCACAACAUUGCAACGGAAAUUCCGGUGGCAGAUGAGUUCGUAGCGGGGAACUUCGCCCGGAAUCGAGCAGCGUGGGAAGAGAUGCUGCGAGGCAACAAUUCGAGGGCUGCGAGGCGGGUCCGCAGCUGGUUACGGCAAGGGUUUAAACCUACCUUUGCUCGGGCGGAUUCCGCUAAACCCCAGAAGCGAAAGGUGGUAGAAGGAAUGCUCCGGAAGCAGUAUCCAAACGCGGAAGCGGAAGCUUUCCUCACUGGAGAUCGGCCACAUCGAGCCAGCUUCAAAAACCACCGCUCUUUCUACUAG